GCUGGCGCGGGGUGCCGGGUCCCCAUCGUCCGGCGACAGCAGGCAUGGGGAGCGGGCGCGUCCCGGCGGCGGGGGCCGUGCUGGUGGCACUGCUGGCGCUGGGAGCCCGGCCGGCCGCCGGCACGCGGCCCUCGGCGUUCUUCCUCCACGGUUUUAUAUCUGAGUGCCAAUUCCUGAACGGCACCGAGCAGGUGAGGCUUCUGGUCAGGCAGAUCUACAACCGGCAGCAGUUCGCGCACUUCGACAGCGACGUGGGGAAAUAUGUGGCCGAUACAGCGCUGGGAGAGUACCCGGCUGAAUACUGGAACAACAACACUGAGUAUCUGGAGUACUUCCGGGGUGUAGUGGACACGGUCUGCCAGUACAACUACGGGAUUGUGGAGCCCUUCACGGUGCAGAGGAGCGUGGAGCCCAAGGUGCGGGUGUCGGCGCUGCAGUCGGGCUCCCUGUCCGAAACGGACCGCCUGGCGUGCUACGUGACGGGCUUCUACCCGUCGGAGGUCGAGGUGAAGUGGCUCGUGAACGGGCGCGAGGAGACGGAGCGCGUGGUGUCCACGGACGUGAUGCAGAACGGGGACUGGACGUACCAGGUGCUGGUGGUGCUGGAGACCGUCCCGCGGAGCGGGGACAGCUACGUGUGCCGGGUGGAGCACGGCAGCCUGCGGCAGCCCGUCAGCCAGCCUUGGGAGCCGCCGUCGGACGCGGGCAGGAGCAAGCUGCUGACGGGCGUGGGGGGCUUCGUGCUGGGGCUCGUCUUCCUGGCGCUGGGGCUCGUCGUGUUCCUGCGCGGUCAGAAAGGGCGCCCCGUCGCCGCCGCUCCAGAGAUGCUGAAUUAGCUGCUACCCCGCCGAGCCGCUCCACCCGCACCCCCCGCAUCCCCGGCCGUCUCCUCGGCUCUCCUUCGGUCGGCCCUCUCCCCGUGCCGCCCGUCUGCCACAGCAUCGCCCGCUCUGUGCCCACCCCGAGAAGAAGUCACUCAGACGGCGCCCUGCUGUCUGCACAUCCUUGGGGUCCUUCUGUUGUGCGACAGCAGGGGAAGGGAGCGGGCGGUCUGUGCUCUUCCAUUCCCUUCAGUACCAGGUUGUGGUUUGGGUUCUUUAACCAAAUAUAUUCUUUUAUUGCAUAAAAUCA